ACAGCAGAAGCAGCAGAAAUGAUCGCACUGAACCCCGGAAGUGUAUGUGACCCUCAUCCCCAUUUCUCACCCAUGAAACCCUUUAAACAGUCUGAGAAAUGAAAUGAUCUUUUUAUAUGUGCUCAUCGCUCAUCUGAGAAUAACAGCUGGUGAAUAAAAUCUUAUUUUGGAGGUGGUUCCAGACUGUAGAUGCCUUUGAGUUCAAGCCCAACAGGGUUUGAGAGGAUGUCUUUGUAAGGGACGCUCUGUGUGGAGAGAAUGCAGUCUUCAGGACACCGGUUGAGGGAUGUGGAGCAGCACCAGCCCCUGCUCAGCGGAGGAGAGGAGGAAGUGGUGACGGCCGGCCGCGUCUGGUUCAUCCAGGACAGCUGCGGGAUGGUGUGCGCAUUCAUGACCUGGUUUCUGGUUAUGUAUGCCCAAUUUGUGGUGAACUUUGUCAUGUUGCUCCCGUCCAAAAGCUUCUGGUACUCUCUCAUCAAUGGCGUGGCAUUUAACUUCCUGGCUGUGUUAGCGCUGACAUCGCAUCUGCGAACCAUGCUGUCAGAUCCAGGAGCUGUUCCCAAAGGUAACGCCACUAAAGAAUACAUGGAGAGUCUGCAGCUGAAGCCAGGAGAGGUCAUUUACAAGUGUCCUAAAUGCUGCAGCAUUAAACCAGAGAGAGCACACCACUGCAGUAUCUGUAAGAGAUGCAUCAGAAAGAUGGAUCACCACUGUCCUUGGGUCAACAACUGUGUAGGCGAGAACAAUCAGCGAUUCUUUGUCCUCUUCACUAUGUACAUAGCCUCCAUUUCAUUGCAUGCACUGUGUCUCAGCGGUUUCCAUUUCUUCACCUGUGUCAGAGUCCAGUGGAAUGAGUGUAGUGAUUUCUCCCCACCUGUGGCGGUCUUGCUGCUGAUUUUUCUGUGUCUGGAAGCGCUGCUGUUUCUCACCUUCACUGCUGUCAUGUUCGGCACUCAGAUUCACUCCAUCUGUAAUGAUGAGACUGAAAUCGAGCGGUUGAAGAACGAAAAGCCCACGUGGGAGCGGCGGGUGCGAUGGGAGGGGAUGAAAGCUGUUUUCGGUGGCCCGCCCUCUCUGCUCUGGUUCAACCCUUUCGCUGGACUCCGCCUCCAGCGCCUGCUGAUGGUUCGUGUCCGGAAGGGCGGGGCCGAGUUCUCAGUUUGAGUGAAGAAUGCUGUCUAUGAAGGCAUUUCCAUCUGCCUUCAUGCCCAUUAUCCCCCCUUCCCCCACCCCCCUUCCUCACAUAGGACAUAGGAGUCCUUAUUUAAUGCUGAUGCAGGUUUGGAGGUACUACAGUGAAAACCUGUCAAAUAACUGAUGUCGCCCCUGGAACAAUGAGGCUACGUCUCGAUACAGCCUGUGUCCACACAUUAUUACCUCGUUUGGCGGAUCAUACUUGUUAUGCUCAUAUUUUCUUCAUGAACAUUCACACUCAUGGGUUUUUGAUUUGCUUUUUACGUGGACUAUUUUUGCCGUUUGCAAAUUUACGGAACAGUCGAAGGUUGUCAGUAUCCAUAAUCCAGCCUGAGGAAACUACAUCUUGUGAUUUUUAAGUAGAGCUUCUGCGUGACAAAAAUAAUGGCUAACAUGCAAUGGUUAGAUCAUAAACCAAG